AUGACCAUGCAGUUAAGAGUCUUCUAUCUUGUCCCACUUCUUCUGGCCAGCUAUGUGCAGACAACCCCCAGGCCGGAAAAGAUGAAGAUGAAUUGCUACAAAGAUGUGAAAGGCACCAUCUAUGACUACGAGGCUCUCGCUCUUAAUGGGAAGGAACGCAUUCAGUUCAAGCAGUAUGCAGGCAAGCACGUCCUCUUUGUCAACGUGGCCACCUAUUGUGGUCUGACAAUUCAGUACCCUGAACUGAACGCACUCCAGGAGGAGUUGAAGCCAUCCGGCUUGGUUGUGUUGGGCUUUCCCUGCAACCAGUUUGGAAAGCAAGAACCAGGAGAAAAUAUAGAGAUUCUUCCUGCCCUCAAGUAUGUUCGUCCAGGAAAAGGAUACGUACCUAAUUUCCAGCUUUUUGCAAAGGGGGAUGUAAAUGGUGAAAAGGAACAGAAAAUCUUCACCUUCUUGAAGCGCUCCUGUCCUCACCCCUCGGAGAUUGUCGUCACACACAAACAUAUCUCCUGGGAGCCUGUAAGAGUCCAUGACAUCCGCUGGAACUUUGAAAAGUUCCUGGUGGGACCCGAUGGAGUCCCUGUCAUGCGCUGGUUCCACCAAACUCCGGUCAGCACUAUCAAGGCUGACAUCCUGGCGUACCUGAAGCAAUUCAGAACCAAGUAG